AUGUCAGUAGUAUCACUAUUAGGUAUCAAAGUACUAAACAAUCCUGCAAAAUUUACAGAACCUUACCAAUUCGAGAUUACAUUUGAAUGUCAAGAACAGCUAAAAAAUGAUUUGGAAUGGAAAUUGACGUAUGUGGGUACUUCACGCUCAUUAGAGCACGAUCAAGAAUUAGAUUCGAUUUUAGUUGGACCGGUACCAGUUGGUGUCAAUAAAUUUGUAUUCACAGCAGACCCACCAUCACCUGAAUUAAUUCCUGCAAGCGAAUUGGUUAGCGUAACGGUUAUACUUUUGAGUUGUUCAUAUGAUGGCAGAGAAUUCGUUAGAGUUGGUUACUAUGUUAAUAAUGAAUAUGAUAAUGAGGAAUUGAGGGAAAAUCCACCUGCCAAAGUACAAGUUGAUCAUGUUGUUAGAAAUAUUUUGGCUGAGAAGCCUCGUGUAACGAGGUUCAACAUUGUUUGGGAUAAUGAGAAUGAAGGUGAUAUUUAUCCACCUGAACAACCAGGCAUUGAUGAAGAAGAAGAGGAGGAAGAGGAAGAAGAUGAGGAAGAAGAAGAGGAAGAAGAGGAUGAUGACGAUGAUGAUGAGGAAGAGGACGAAGAUGACGAUGAAAAUGAGGAAGAGGCGGCUCAAGAAGUAGAUGAAGAAGAAGCAGAAGAGGACAAUGCGAACGAAGAGCAACAGGAGGAGGAACGGCCUUCAAAGAAGCCAAAAGUAGAAAAAUCUGCUUCUCACAGUACAGAAGAUCAACAAGAUGGCGGUGUAGAUGCUGCUCCCACCCCUCAGGAUACACAGUGA